AUGGCUACCGCCGUGUCGCCUGUGAGGUAUCGUUCCAAGCUUUCGUUUUAUCCAAAACAAGCAAAACAAAUAGCAAUGAAUGUGCUAGGAGUUCUAACGAAAGAGGCAGGAAAAUCUGCAAGCACUACGAGCAUCUUUCAAAGAACGGCGCAGCUCACUGCUGUGAGUGAACGGGCGCUAUAUAAGUGGUCUGCCGAGUUUCAGAAGAGCGGCAGAGUGUCAACUCCGCAAACGAAGUCCAGAGGCGGGAAGAACUGUGAACGAGCGAAGAAACUCGACGACUUCGACCUUGGUGUUCUGAGAAGAAAGGUGCACGAUUUCUUCCGCAGGAAUGAGAUGCCAACGGUUGCGAAGGUGAGAAAGCUCUUCAGUGAGAGCGACGACCUACCGCAAGUCUCGGUAUCUACGCUAAACCGAAUGCUUAAGAAGCUCGGCUUCAAGUACCGCAAACGAAGUAGAAACGCGCAUCUGAUUGAGAGCCCUAACACCAUACAGUGGCGAUGCAGCUACCUCCGGCAGAUCAAAGAGUUCCGCAAAGAGGGAAGGCAGAUAUAUUUUACGGACGAAACCUGGGCAAGCGCUGGGCACACGAAAGAUCGUGUCUGGGUAGACACAACAAUCGCAAGUUCAAGUCAGGCCAGGCGUUCUGGACUUACUACCGGAUUGAAAAAUCCAAGCGGUAAAGGUGAGCGACUCAUUAUCACCCACUGCGGCAACGAACAGGGCUUCGUAGAUGGUGCGGGAGAAGUAUUCCGAGCGCGGAAAGGUACGGGUGACUAUCACCAAGAGAUGGACGGUCCGCAUUAUGAAAAAUGGUUCAGCGAGAAGCUGCUCCCAAAGCUUGCCCCCAACAGCGUAAUCGUCAUGGAUAAUGCACCCUAUCAUUCGGUGAAGAUUGAAAAAGUUCCGCGGAUGUCGACACGAAAAAGGGAUAUUCAGGACUGGCUUUCCAGAAAGGGUGUUGCGUGGAGCAAUGAAAUGGUGAAGGCCGAGCUACUGCAGCUUGUUGCAACAGUAAAGAUUCAGGGCAACCAGUACCGUGUUGAUCAGAUGGCUUCCCUGGCUGGCCACACAGUUUUACGCUUGCCCCCUUAUCACUGCCAGCUCAACCCAAUCGAACUGUUUUGGAGUAUGGUGAAGGGGUAUGUGGCCGACAAAAACAAGACGUUCAAGUUUGUCGAUCUUGAACCGUUGGUCUUGGGGGGCUUCGCUGAAGUAACACCUGAGAAGUGGGCACAAUGUGUUCGCCAUGUCAUGAAGGAAGAGGACACCAUGAGGAAAGUUGACCACAUCAUCGAUGACGUCGUCGACAGUGCCGACAGGAUACUGAUCAACCUUGGUGACGAGGACUCUGAACGCUCUGAGGAUGAUAGCCCGGAAUACGCUAGCAUGUCAGAUGAUGACCUGGGGUGCCAGCCUUUGUAA